AUGGAUAUCUUUAAUUUUGGUCGCGAACAGUUAGAAAAUGGUUCGUUGAAUGGUAUGCUUGAACAAGUUGGUAUCGAUGAUGUUGGUUCAUUCGUAAAUCAAUUUCGUAGCCGAGCAAAACAAGAAGCUUCACAAAACCAUGAACAUUCAGAGGAUGUAUCAAGUUAUUCUGGUGGACAAAAUCCAGGUAAUAUGUUUCAGGGUGCAAUGAAAGCUUAUGAAGCAUUUUCAGGUGGUCAAGGUGGUGGUGCUGGUUCAACCAUUCAAAAUGUCCAAAAAAUGUAUGCCAUGUACAAGCAACUCGAUAAAAAUGGCGAUGGAAAAAUAGCAGUAGAAGAUAUACAACUCUAUUUACAGGAACUAGGCCUUGGUGGUGCUUCAACGUAUUUGGCAAAAGGAAUUUUCCAAGCCGUCGACCAAAAUCAAAAUGGUACACUGGAUUUUACUGAUGUAAUGGCUUUAACUACUAUGUUAAACAAAUUAUACGGUCAAUUUGGACAUGUUGCGUAA